AUGGCUAAACGCUUGGUUAACUUCGAUCGGAAAGACUUCCGGGAUAAAUGGAACAUACCUCACUAUGACAUUCCGCCCAUCUACAUCGCUGUGUCGCAACACGAAGGGGUGUCCGCGUAUCGCUGGGCCUUAAAAUCAUCCCCCCUGCUCUUCGCGAGCUCGAACGCCUCCUUGGAUAUCGAGUUGGAAACUGUCUCUUCCCUAAAUUCUGCUUCACCAAAAGUCCGGAUACCAUCUAGGCUGAUCGCCCCGAUCAACUUUAAGUUCGUCUUUGUCCUCAUCGGUAUUUCCAUCGAUGUAUUCUAUGGCUAUGAAUUCCGAUCUACAGGUGGAGCUAUAAGCGUAGAUAACCGGAUUGGCACGUCUGCCAUCGGAAGUGGCAUCGGAAUCAAUUGGAAAGUGCAGGACAAAGCGAAAGCGGCGGUCGGAUUGACUAGUGUCAAGGUUAAGUAUGUGUACGAAAUUCUAACAUCCUUGCUCUAUGUCACUUCGUCCGUCCGGGGCGAGGUGAAUGCCCAUCAUGUGGCAUGGCAACGGAGGUACCAUAGCUGGUUGAAUCCAGCGUGGUUACCACAUGGUAGCGAGGAAAUCCAGAAGGUUCUCGAAAGAGAACCACCCUUACUCGAGGGCUGGUCGCUGACCUGGACCUGGGAUGGGUCACCCUUAGCACCUCAAGCAUCACGCCUCGUCGGUCGCCCCACUGGUGUAAGGGCAACACCCAUCGUUGGUAGUCCUACUGGUAGCUACCUAGAUGGCUCGGGAUAGGAGGUGGUUGGGGUAGCGGUCCUACGCUUACUGUACACGGCCCUGACCCUCGGGGAGGGGUGACUGACGGAAGUAGUAAGUAGAUGGACAGCCCCGAUACCUCCCUAGCACAUAGAUCUAAAACUAC